AUGAACAUCAAGGAAUGGACCACAAAUGCAGGCACUGAUACAUCUAGUGCACCAGAGUUCAUUAUUGUCACAACAGAGAAACUGUAUGCGGUACCCAAAAGUACGCAACAAGCUAUGGAAGGCAAACAUGCAAGGAUCACCAAAAAAGUUCUCAAUAAAGGAACAGACAGUGUGAUUGGAAAAGUCACUGAAAGUUUGCCUACUGCAGACACUGGGUUAAAGGAGAGUACAAAAGAAGGAAGCAUCACGACUAACGAUUUCUAUGAACCGACAGUUCUUCCAGAUUAUGAAGGUAAAUUGUUCCAACUGGUAUUUGUGUCUUAG